AUGAACUUGAAUACGCUAGCUGACUUCAGACACGUUCGCACUUACACCGCCGAGCAAGGGCAGAAAGGACAAAGCCGAGACAAGACAGGCAAAGGCGGCGAAGACUUACUCGUACAUGUCCCUAUCGGCACACUCAUCUACGAUGAAGACACCGGCGAACUGAUCGGCGACAUCACCGAAAAAGAACAAAAAAUCAUGGUCGCCAAAGGUGGCUGGCAUGGCUUGGGUAACGCGCGUUUUAAAAGCUCGGUCAAUCAGGCGCCAAGAAAAUCAACGCCCGGCACACCCGGCGAAAGACGACAACUACGGCUUGAACUGAAAGUGCUCGCCGAUGUCGGUCUACUGGGAAUGCCUAAUGCAGGCAAAUCAACGUUCAUCCGCGCCGUAUCAUCAGCGAAACCAAAAGUUGCGAAUUAUCCGUUCACAACAUUGUAUCCAAACCUCGGUGUC